GCUCACACCCCGGAAGUGAUCGACAUGGGAGCGGACAGAGUUCAGAUUAUCUUGAAAAGCAGCCGUUACGGGACAACUAUGGAGGAAGUGACAGGAGCUGAACUCAUUGCUGAGUCGCUUAAAAAUCAGAAAGUGGAGUACAUGUUUGGAAUUGUUGGCGUUCCUGUCAUUGAAGUAGCCAUGGCGGCUCAGGCUGCAGGAAUCAAAUAUGUGGGUAUGCGAAAUGAACAAGCGGCAUGCUAUGCUGCAUCCGCCAUUGGAUACCUCACUGGGCGACCUGGUGCCUGUCUCGUGGUAUCUGGACCAGGACUCAUUCAUGCGCUGGGUGGAAUGGCCAACUCUAACAUGAACUGCUGGCCUGUUAUUGUUAUUGGGGGAUCCUCAGAUAGAAACCAAGAGACAGCAGGGGCGUUUCAGGAGUUUCCUCAGGUGGAAGCGUGUCGUUUGUAUAGCAAAUUCUCUGCCAGGCCAAGCUCUCUGGAAGCAAUCCCUGCAGUAAUCGAAAAAGCUAUUCGCACAAGCAUCUAUGGGCGUCCAGGCGCUUCUUAUGUGGACAUUGCAGGGGACAUGGUGAAUGCCAAAGUGGACAGAAGCAGAGUCAGAUUGGUAAACUGUUGUCCGCCUCCUCCCAUCUGUCUGGCUGACCACAAUGCAGUGACAGAGGCUAUCGCUGUACUGAAAUCCGCCAAAAGACCUUUAGUCAUAAUUGGCAAAGGUGCAGCAUAUGGCCGAGCAGAAGCCGUCCUGAGGGACUUUGUGGAAUUGAGCCAACUGCCAUUCCUUCCCACACCCAUGGGCAAAGGAGUGCUGCCCGAUGACCACCCCAAUUGUGUGGCGGCUGCCCGAUCAAGAGCUCUGCUCCAGGCGGAUGUUGUGCUACUUCUUGGAGCCCGACUCAACUGGAUCCUUCAUUUCGGUCUGCCACCUAGAUUUGACCCUAAUGUCCAGCUCAUCCAGGUUGACCUCUGUCCUGAGGAGAUGGGGAACAAUGUAAAGCCUGCUGUCGCUCUCCUGGGGGACGUAAAUGCUGUUGUCAAUCAGCUGCAAGAGGGUAUUGUUAAAGAUGGCUGGAAGUAUCCCUCUGACACAAUAUGGUGGAGCGUACUAAAGCAGAAAAUUGCAGCCAAUGCAAAAAUCACUAACGCGUUUGCUCUGCGGUCAACGUUGCCUAUGAACUACUACACAGUGUUUCACCACGUCUCCCAGCUGCUGCCACACGAUUGCAUCAUCGUCAGCGAGGGCGCCAACACUAUGGACAUUGGACGCACUAUGUUGAAUAACUACUUACCACGGCACAGGUUAGACGCUGGCACAUUUGGAACUAUGGGAGUGGGCCUUGGCUUCGCUAUAGCUGCAGCGGCUUUGGAAAAAAGCAAAACAAAAGGCAGGAGGAUCGUCUGUGUGGAAGGAGACAGUGCCUUUGGCUUCUCUGGCAUGGAGGUUGAAACCAUGUGCAGGUAUAGCCUACCUGUGGUGGUGAUCGUGGUGAAUAAUAACGGUAUAUACAGCGGAGUAGACCCUGAGACAUGGAAAGAAAUGGCAGCCAUGGGAGAUCUGACCAGCAUAGCGCCUCCUGUGACCCUCCUGCCUGAGGCGCGCUACGACCAGGUCAUGUCUGCUUUUGGCGGCCGCGGUUUCCUGGUAAGGACGGUGGAGGAGCUGCAAAGUGCCUUGCAGCUCAGCUUGAGUGACUGGGAGAGACCCAGUCUGAUCAACGUGCUCAUCGACCCUUCCUCAGACAGAAAGCAGCAGGAGUUUCCUUGGCUGACCCGUUCCAACUUGUAGACUCAAACCUUUCCACUAAAACCCCUGAAAACUGAAGAAUGUAAUAUGUUCCAAUAAUGACUACAAUAUAUUUUGAAUGUAAAACAUUUUUUUUAAUAAAUAACGCCACAAUAAAACAAAUUUAUAUCCAAGAAACUUAAU